UGAAGUCAGGAGUUGGUGACUAACAGAGCUCUGUGGGUUUUUCUGGAUCCUAGCUGGGAGGAGUUUGCCUGUCUAUAAGAGCCAACUCUUUGGGAAGCAACAAAACAGGGCUGGACUGCAUUUGAGAAAGUGACCGUCCAUCAACUGGUUGGGGAUCUACAAAUCAGGGAGCAGGAGAUCUCAUCCACACAAAAGCAAAAAUGUUUAAGCUGAAUCUUGAAGAGGAAGGAAAAACACUGACCGGGAUGGCUUCCCAGGUUGCAGGUAAAGACACUGAGGUUAUGUCGUUGUUCUUGUAAAACCACCAGUCUAUAUUCUACUUUUUCAGUCACAGAAAGAUCUAUCCUUAAGUAACGCCAACAUCAGACUUGGGGUGGGUUGUUGUCUUAACAGCAACUUGAUGUGCAGGUAUUACUAUCAAUUUAUUCUCUAUGCUGUUAAUAGCUUUGAGGUGAACGACCUCUGCCUGAAACCCUUGAGUCACAGGAGUCCAGAAAUGCACUAGGCUUGAUGACAAAGUAGUCUGAUCUCAUGUAAGACAACUUUCAAUGAUUUUACCUGCUGAUCAUGCUCCAGUGUAAUAGGGGAAAAGGCUGCAAGGGUAUUAAUUGCACAAGAGCUGAUCGGGUCAUUUUUUUCUUGGUAUGUUAGCAAAGCUCCCUGGGAUCUAUUUUUAUUUUUGUUACCAUAUAUGUUCAACUUUCUUCUUCUGCCUUAGUAAGCCUCUUUGGAAUACGGUGGGGUAAAAACCAAGCAUGAAUAACUUGGAUUUCAUGAGAAAGCACUUUUCCUUUCUGAUUUUUGCCUUUCUGAGAAAAUACCCCUCCCCACAAAGUUAACGUCUGUAUUGUCCCUACAAGGGGGGAUGGGGGGUGUACCAUACUGCAAUGCCCACAUGAGUUUAGCCAGGAUUUGGGGGGGGGGCAGAACCUCAGUUAGAUAUGUAUUUUUAUUGAUUUCUAUUGAUUUAAGGGAGGAAGGUGCCCCUCCUUGCCUACGCCCAUGAUUGCCCAUAUUUAUUUUACAAUUGAAAAUGGAAACAAUGGAGGAAAAAUGUUUUCUGGCAUUGCAGACCUUUAACAAAAAUGUGUGAAUAUAAUUCAAAGUACCUCAAAUUGGAUUUAUUAUUUAUAGAUACAAAAAAGGUUUGAUUUUUCUGUCAAGAAAUGUACCGCCUACAGUAAUUAUCCUGACCUUUAAAUAAAAGUUAUGGAAGGGCAUGGGUCUAGAAAGCCAAACAAAGACCCCUCUGUUUCAUAAUUGUUCAGGUUUUCCAUGCAAGUGUUUAUACCAGGGCUUGUAAUCAAGGCACAAAAUGUCGUUUUAGGAUUCCAAAAUAAAACUCAUUAUAUAAACAACAGGCUUUGCCAACUGACCCGAAAACAGCCUGGCUGGCAAAAAACCAAUAGGCAACACUUUCUGCAGUAUGUGGCGAAAUAUCACCAGCUAUUGUCUAGAAAUCCAGCUUCUGUUCAAGCUAUUGCAAUAGCUUGCUUGAAAAACUGGCAGUCUUUCUAAAGAGUUUGGAUGGAGACCGUAAAUUGCUUUUUCUCUCUGAAAUGCUGGAUUCGCUUCUUUUCUUUUCUUGAGCUGGAAUGCUGUGGCCAACAGAAAUUCCAUAAAUGGAGUUUUCCCAACCUGCCAGGAAAUGCUUCAGCUGAGAUUUUUCUGCUUUGGUCAAAAAGCAGUAAAAGGCCCAUGAUCUGGUGAGAAAAGUUGGCAAAUCUUCUGACCCGGGGCAACAUGGAGGAUUUAUGCAAGUUCCUUGAACAGUGUGUAUUCACUAUCACAGAAAUGCAAAACUGAAAUGCAUCUUAAAAUGUUAAUGAUCUCAGACAUCAGCUCAUCAAGUUACAAUUAAGAGUGACCAGCUAGGAUAGGAACAGUUCUGACAGACUGAUGAAAUAGCCACUGCCAGGUGAGAUACAGAAGAACCAAAAGCAAAUAAAUCUCUCAGCAGACCUUGUGUAAUAAGCUAUGUAUCUCUUCCUGAAAAUGAUUUAUGACAACAUGUGGGAUCAACAACAAAAUGUUGCAUUGUGAACUGCUCCUCUUACGGAUUUUUGCCAGCCAGUGUGUCUUCCAUGAUUCUGUUCUAUAUAGUCUUUCCCUCUGGAUUUCUAUUUCCGUCCUCCGACAGCAAAGCCAGCAUGUUGACCCAUUAAGCAUGCUCAGUUUUUACUGGGGUCCUCCUCCACUCUUCUAGGUUUUUCCUUUUUUUUUUUUUACCUUCUGCAAACCUUGGGAGUUCAUAAAGGCUUGCUGAUACCUCCAUUGUGUGAUGGGGUAAUGCUUUUUGGCUAUGUAAGAACCAACUAUGAGUUUGGUAUUAAUAUAUAAGAUACACCAUUCACGUGCUCGGUACAAUUCAGAGAAUUGUAAAUUUUCUAUUUCUGUGAUUUAUUCUUAUUUUUUACUUGUAGUUAAUUCAGCAGGUCAGGCUGUGCAGAAAGCACUGGACCAGGCUACAGAAGCUGGUCAGAAAGGUAAGGAGGCAUCCUUCUAAUAACCUGGGCAAUUCUCAAAAUGUGUGGUAUCUGGACGGUUUAUAAAUGUAGAAAAGACUUGGUGUAUACCUUCUAAAUUCAGAUUUCCCCCACCCCUCCAGUACAGACUUAAGUGGGGAACAGUUUUUCUGUUCCAAAUAGUAAAUCUGUGUUCAAGUAACUGGUAUUAUAGGGUUGCCAUACAUCCAGGAAUUUCUUGACAUGUCCUUCAGGGGUCCUACAUACCCAUCUGGGGGAAAUUUUACAUUUUUAAACAAAUGUCCUGGGUUUGGGGGGGAUUUUGUGUGUGCGGACUGCUCUGGUUCAUACUUGGGCGACCUGGGCGGCAGAGGGGCUAUUGGGCGAUUGCCCUAAAAAACGCUCUACAACUUUUUGUGUCCAGAUUUUUACCUCUUCAAAUAUGACAACUCUAUGCAUCAGGAGACAGAAAACUCAAAAAUCCAAUUUAGCUCUUUUCCACUGUGCUAAAUAUUACCUUGAGCCUACCCAGGUGGCUAGUGUUCAAGUUAGCAGCCUACACAAUAAGCAUUCUGUAGCUCCUUUCCAAGCUCAGUCAGAAAAGCACACACUUUGCAUGCAGAUGUCAAGUGUAACCCUUGGCAAAUCUAGCUUAAAAAAAGGUUCAUGUACCAACGUAAUCGGACCCUGCAGAGCCAUUGUCAGUCAAGAGCAGACAAUAGUAAACUAGAUCUGAACUGCUGCAAGCCAGCUUCUUCAUCUGGUGAACGGGUUCCUUAAACAGCAUGUAGCCUUUCCUUCCCACAUGCACACUUGCACUUCCAAUACAGUCCUACAUCUUAUGGAAAAAGCAAACCACAUAUGUAGUCAGCCAUUGUCUCUCACCUCCUUAAAUUGUUUCCCUUUUUGUUUUGAAGUGGUAGAUGACACCUGCAAGGCUGCACAGGAUACUGGAGAAAAGGCUGCACAAAGCCUAACAAGCCAGGUAACUGCCUGGGGCAAAGCCUUUGGACAAAGUGAAGAACAGAAGAACGUUUCAACUUAAACCUUUUAUACUGUUUUCUCUUAUUAUAUAUUUAAUGGACCGAAAUUAUUCAGGUGUUUGGCAUAUAUUCUUUACACCUUCAUUAAAAGUGAAGCUAUAAAUCCCUAUACAUUUCAUUAAAUUAAUCUUUAACAAGGUGCAUUUUUUUUUACAUGGUGGUUCAAUAUGACUGUAUUGAGAAGUGUUCAUGAGGUUGGUUUCUCAGAAGGUGCUAGGGCGUGUUAAGUGGGCAUAUACAUUUUAUGCGAGACUCGAGUGCACACAUAAGCAUGUAGGCACACACAUAAAAUGUAAUAUGUGGCUUUAACUAUGCAUCAUCUAACUAAAUACUCCUCCGGUCCCACACAACAUUCUAUGUGAGUGGGGGACCCUCCCCACCCCACUGUGAAGAUCCUGUGUGCAAAGCUCAGAUGAAACUCCAUUUCAUUAAAACUAUUUAGAAAAACUUCAAAGUUUUGAGAGAAACUAUGUAUUAGCAUGAUUAUGCCACACAGCUGUAAGAGUUUUGGCUGGACGAACUAGGGAACUGUUGGUC